AUGGGAAGGAGACAAUCCACCUCCUAUAAUAUCAACCUAAUAGCAAUUGCAUCCUUUGUACAAUUUAAAAGUAGAAAGGAAAAUGAAAAAGAAAAUAUCAGCACCGGCCGGGUACAUGGCAUAGGGGACAAAAAUUCUGAAAUUGGCCCUCAGCCUCUCACACAAGGUGACAGGUAUACUGAGGAGACGCCACUGUCUUCCUGCUUUGAUUCUUCAGCACCUCCAAAGCCCUUGUUCAUCGUUACACCGACAGUUGCCGGCACCUACCCUGUAAUCUUGCUUCAUCACGGCUUCUACCUCAGCAACUAUUUCUAUAAAGAGUUACUCCAGCACAUAGCUUCUCAUGGAUUCGUAGCUGUAGCACCUCAGUUAUGUGGGUAUGUACCUCCAAGUGGACCUGAGGAAAUCGAAUUAGGGGCAAAAGUCAUAAACUGGUUACCAAAAGGCCUCCAAUCCCUGCUGCCAGAAAAUGUUGUAGCAGACUUCACCAAAUUUGCUCUAGCAGGCCGCAGCAAAGGUGGGAAAACAGCAUUUGCAACAGCACUUGGGCAUGCCAAAUCUUCACUCUCCCUCAAAAUAUCAGUCCUCAUAGGCAUUGACCCUGUGGGACCGAGGGAGCUAAUGAGGAAGGCUGUGGGUGAGAUUGUUGUGGCAUUUUUGAAGGCUUAUUUGAAUGGUGAUGAUAGGGAUUUGGUUGCCAUUGUUGGUGAUCCUGAUAUUUCUCCAGCAAAGCUUGAUCAUGUGGAGUUCAUUAGGGCAUAA